AUGAGCGAUUUCGCCAAGGAUGAAGAGGCCUCCUCCCUCCUUCAGCUGUUAGAUGGACGGCUCCGCCUCGGGACAGAACCAGACGCAGUCGUCAAGGAAGAACGGAACUUGUCCAAGGUGAGCGAGACCGCUACGGCGCUGCGGCGUAGUGGCGGACGAGCAGCCGCGCAGCGCGAGCACAGGGAAGACGAAGGAGAGGAGGAAAGGGCAGACUGGGACCAGUUUCAAGUCCACCCGCUCGACCGAGGCAAAGCGCCCAGCCACCCUAAGCCCAAGCGCGACCAGAGCCGAGCCAUGGGAGACGCACCCCCCUCCACCACGAGCAGCGUCGACAGCCGCCAAGCCCUCAUCGAUCAGUCCAUCAAGCAGCACCGACAGGAGGAGAGCUUCUUGUCGCUGGCCGCGAUCUCUUGCUUCUUUGCGGACUCCGACGACGACGAGGGAGCCAGGACAAAGACCAAGGAGCGGCGCGGCCGAGCAUUCAUGGCCGACUCUGACGACUCGGAAGACGGCAGGCUGCGACUCAGCCGCAGUGCAGGCAAGCGGAACCGCCAGCGCGACAAGCUCCCACACGACGAUGUGAGUUUGUCGAAGACCAGCGCAGACCAGGGAGGAAGGAAGAGGAGCUUCAGCGAUGUCAGCGCAAAUGAUCACACGGUGAAGGGAAAGGCCUCUAGGCGGAGCACGAGCGGAGCGCCAGCGCCGGCCGAGCAGAAGAGAAAAGAGAAGAAAGACAAGAAGAGAGACAAGAAGAAGGCCGAUAAAAGUAAGCGACACAAAGCCGGCAAGGUAUGGGCGCUCGACAACCUGCCGGAGCUGCCGGGUCUGGAGUACAUCAAGGCCAACCUCUAUAACCCAAGCUGGAGCGAGCUAUGGGGUGCGAGUGCAAAGAGCGUUGCUUGUCUUGCCCGUGCCGCCAAGUGCAAGAACCAACGGCUGACGAAGGGAAAGGUUGCUCCCAUCGCGGUGGUGAAGACAACGAAGAAGGGUUAUGGUGUGAUUGCGGAUGCCACCAUCAAGCCUCGUUCGCUCAUCAUCGAGUAUGUGGGAGAGGUCAUCUCCGAAACCGAGAAGAAUCGUCGGAUGAAGCGGAGGGACGAUGACGGCAACUGCUACUUCAUGGAGCUCUACUCGCAAAAGCGACCGACCAGCGGUGGAGAGGUCAAAGACUCACCUGAACCCGAGGACUCGAAGGAAGACCGCGAGAGCGGCAAGGCCAAGAAGAAGAAGAAGUCCAAGCCAAGGACCGAGGAGGAGAUCCGGGACAGGAAGAGCCGGAAGGGUCUCAAGCUAGCCUGCAGCAACUGCCGCAUGUCUCAUCUUGCCUGCUCGCACGAGACCCCGUGCAGCCGCUGUGUAGAAAAGGUGUGA